AUGACCAUGCUCGCUUCCCUCUUCUCCCCCUCUCCUCUCCUCACCACCGCCGCCUCCACCUCCUCGUCUGCCACCUCGCAGCCAGCGCCACAGACUGUGAGGCUCCCGGCUCCCAGGCCGCUCACCGCCACACUGGCCGCGGCAGCCGCGGCCGGUCUCCUCCUGCUGACCCCCGCGGCGCCGUCGCACGCGGAGGCGGAGUUCAAGGUGUACUACGGCACGGCGGCGAGCGCGGCCAACUACGGCGGGUACGGCGGCAACGCGAACAAGAGGGACGCGGCGGAGUACGUGUACGACGUGCCCGAGGGGUGGAAGGAGCGACUGGUGUCAAAGGUGGAGAAGGGCACCAACGGCACGGACAGCGAGUUCUUCAACCCGCGCAAGCGCUCCGAGCGGGAGUACCUCACCUUCCUCUCCGGGUUCCGCAAGCUGGCCCCCGUCGGCGCCGUGCUCGACAACCUCGCCCUCUCUGACGUCGGGCUGCAGGACCAGAUCUCGUCGGCGGACGACGUGACAUCGGCGGAGCGGAAGGACGCGGACGGGCAGGUGUACUACGAGUACGAGGUGGCUGGCGCCGGCGCGCACAGCCUCAUCUCCGUGACGUGCGCCCGGAACAAGCUGUACGCGCACUUCGUCACGGCGCCCAACCCCGAGUGGGGGCGCGACGAGGCCGUCCUCCGCCGCCUGCACCAGUCCUUCAAGACCGUCGACUUCAGCGGCCAAGAUUAA